CAUCCAGGAAGAGCCGUUUACACUUCAGCGAAGUUUGCCAGGUUGCUAAUAGAAUCGAUAUCUAGAAGUAAACAUAAGUGCCCUUAAAUGUUCUAAUGUCUUAACAAUUGAUGUACAUAAGCCCUCCGAAAUGGAUGAUAUCAAUUUACACUACAGAUUCCUGAACUGGCGGCGCCGGAUCAGGGAAAUCAGGGAAGUACGUGCUGUUCGUUAUCAAGAGCGCUACAAACGAAUGUUGAAGAAUGGAGACACGCUAUGUUACCAAGGGAACUCUGAUGAAGUUGGCUGCUACGUGGCUCCACGCCCCUUAUCAAAGGGAAACUGUUACUUUGAGGUUACCAUUAUGGAUACUGGAGUGAGGGGAACGAUUGCUGUUGGGCUGGUUCCUCAAAAUUACAAACUUGACCAUCAGCCUGGCUGGCUUCCACAUUCAAUUGCUUACCAUGCUGAUGAUGGAAAGUUGUACAAUGGCAACACUGUCGGUCAGCAAUUUGGUCCAAAAUGUAACCGUGGUGACCGAAUAGGUUGCGGUAUCUAUGCAGACACUUUUGACGCCCGACUCGUUACUGUGUUCUUCACCAAGAAUGGCAAAGAAGUGGGCUCAGUGGUAGUGCCUGUGGCUCCAGAUGGGUUGUUCCCCGCCAUUGGCAUGCACUCCCUGGGUGAGGAGGUACGGCUGGAUCUGCAGGCAGAGUGGGGUUCAGAGGAGGAGGACAGUGUCAUGAUGGUGGACAGCCACGAGGAUGAAUGGGCACGACUUUAUGAUGUCAGAGUCAGCGGCACGCUUCUGGAAUAUGCUGGGAAAGGGAAGAGCGUCAUGGACGUAGGUCUGGCUCAGGCUCGUCAGCCCCUCACCACACGAAGUCACUACUUUGAAGUGGAUAUCGUGGAUCCUGGAGAGAAGUGUUAUAUCGCCCUGGGCCUGGCAAGGAGAAAUUACCCAAAGAAUAGGCAUCCGGGCUGGAGUCGAGGUUCUGUUGCAUAUCAUGCAGAUGAUGGGAAGAUCUUCCAUGGCAGUGGAGUUGGAGACCAGUUUGGCCCACGCUGUUUUGAAGGGGACAUCAUGGGCUGUGGAAUUAUGUUUCCUAGGGACUACAUGCUGGACUUUGAAGAUGAAAUUGACGACUGGGAAGCGGUGGAUGUACAACCGAAGCAGGGGCAUGUUGAAAACCUAAUGUAUUUGAACGAUGAAGAUGAGGAAGAGGCAGACAACCCAGAGCAAGAACACGAGGGCCGGAAAGUCAUGGUGUUCUUCACCCGAAACGGCAAGAUUAUUGGCAGAAGGGAGGUGGUGGUUCCGGCUGGGGGGUUUUACCCCACUAUCGGUCUGCUCAGCACCGGAGAAAAAGUCAAAGUUGACCUCCAUCCUCUCAGUGGCUAAUGAAUGCAGAGCUUAGUGAAUCCAUAUCCCCAAUCCUGCUGUCAGCCAAUCGCAACAUUUCACUAACCCACCAUGCUGAAGUUCAGGGACAGAAUUGAUACACCAAGAAAGAAUGGUGGGAAUGGUUUAUUUAUGCUUUAAACAAAUACAAAAAGGCACUUGAGAAUGCAACAGUGUAACACUUUCAAAGUUUAACACGCCCACAUAAGUGCAUGUUUCACUGCAGAAACAGAACAGCAUUUCUCAGAUACUUCAUUUCAGCUUAAAACUCAUUAUUUAAAACUCCAGCUUAAAUGAUUUACUCUGAGACCAUAUAGAAGGUUAUGGCUUCAAUAUUGGGCUUUAAAACUGUUUAGCCUAAUGAACGAAUUAAAGGAAUGUUCCAGGUUCAAUACAAGUUAAGGUCACUCAACAUCAUUUGUAGCAUAAUAUUGAUUACCACAGAAAAUAAUUUCAACUCACCCCUCGAUAUAAAAACAAAUGCUGUUACAGUAAGGCUCUUACAUUGGAAGUCAAUGGGGCCAGCUCAUAAACAUUAAAAUAUACAUUGUUUCAAAAGUAUAUUCACAAGAUGUAAACAUUAUACGUGUAAACAUGAUUUUAGUGUGAUAAAGUCUAUGUUCUACUUGAUUUUAAUGUUAUAAAAUUGAUUACAAGUUUUAUUAGCGUAAUGGCAUCAUGGCAAUGAAGUUGUAAUAUUGAUAUAACUUUACACAGGUAAAGCACAAGGUAAGCGAUUUUAUUACACUGAAAUCAUGUAAACAUGUAAUGUUUACAUCUUGACUAUCCUUUUGGAACUGUGUGUAUUUUAAUGUUUAUGGACUGGCCCCAUUGACUUUCAUUGUUAGAGCCUUACUGUAACAACGAUUUUUAGUUUAUAUAUAUAUAUAUGCCACAAAUGCUGUCGAUUGGGCUUGUAUUGAACCUGGAAAAUUUCUUUAAUAUAAGAGACAUUUUAUUAAAAAUUGCAUAGAAAAUAUGCAUUGAGCUAUAUAUUUUUUUAAAGUACAUAUUUAAAUGUAUAUAUUGGCUGCUAUACAAACGUAUUCAGCAAAUCAGGAACAAAAAAACAACAAAAAAACAGGUUGAUUAAUGUGAGAUUUAAUCAGAAAGGAAUGGAGAACCAUCACACCCUAAAGAAUCUUGAAGGUGAUGAAAGCAUAUUAUGGUCUUUUUUUUUUUCUUUCUUUUUAUGAUUCAUUCUGAAUGUCAAAUUUAAUCAAGAGCAACUUUUGCUAUUAUUUCUGUCUCAAAAGCGGUGGAGGGAAGGUGCUUGCCAGUAAACAGCAUUAAGUAAUUUCUAAGGCGAGUUGUAUCGUCUCCAGUCGUAUAUCUUAUACAUUCUUCUGUCAUCGGGAAGAAUGCUAAUCAGCAACUCCAGACCAGAUACAGUGCAAAAAAAAGAAACAUAAUGCACUGAAUAGGCUACUUAAAGUUUUAUAAAUAAAUAAAUAUGAAUGCAACAUAACAGAUCAGUAUAUCUUUAUUUAGUUCAAGUGGGUUUCUCCAAGCCUUUCUGUAAAUUUUGUUCUAACAAUUUGUUGCGGUUUGUGGACGUUUGAUCAGAUUGUGCAGGGCAGAUGCCACAUUGGAGUAGGAUUUAAUUUAGCGAAAAACAUUGAGCUGUUUAUAAGCAUUGUCUGCUGUAAUGUGAACUAGUCCUGUUCACAAAUGCCAAAAGCACUUUAGAGAUGCCUCAAAUUACACUGAUGGGUGAUCAGUCAUUAACCUGUUGCCCUCUAGACUUCUAAACAGACGCCAUUUUGCACAUCUCAUUGCAAUAAUGUUCUACUUGUUCCUUUUACAUAUCACAUAUGGGACAAAAUGAAAUGUUUCAUGAAUGUACUUUGCCAAAUUUAUUGUCUGUUUUUGUCACCUUUAAUAUGGUUCUCCCUCAACAGGUCUUAUCUAAACAUUGCAUGUACUAUUUUGAAUGAUUUUAUCAAACUGCUCAGUUUAAGUUGUAUCAUGUAGAUUGCUGAAUGACAGGACAUAGGCUAAGUUUGGAAUGGAAUCCUAGCAUACAGCAUACUACGCAGUAUAUACUGUACACUUGCAUUUAAAAGAAAGAUAUGAAGCAAAAUGCAGUGAGCUUUUCAAAUGGUAGUAUGCCGCAUUGUUGUCUCAACAUCAACACAAUUUAUUUGUAUUUCAGUGCAGUCCAGUUAUCAGCUUUUGGAAAGUCUUAUUAAAUCAUGAGUAAAGGAAGAGAAUGUUAAAAUCCUUAGAUUAUGCACAUUAUAUACAUAAUAUAUACUACAGAAAUAGAGUAGAAUGGUAAAAUGCUAUUUCAAACAUACAGUGCAUUUACACCCUUAUAAAAAUGAGCAUUUUUACUAUAGUAAUAUUGUAGUAACCAAGAUGAGAUGUAUGUGUGUGUGUGUGUGUGUGUGUAUAUACAUAUACACAUAUAUAUACACACACAC